ACAGGGGGCAGGGGGUAGCCCCCGCCCCCUCACAUGGCUGUGCGUUGCUUUUGCUUGACUCGUGAUGCAAUGGAGUCAGCGCCAGCAAGAUGCUGGGUUGGGUUGGUGCGGCCGGUGCGCCCUGCCCACGCGUCGGCCGCCACCGCCCCGGCCGACCUCCUCCGGCGGGGCCCCCUCCACCGCCCCGCCCAGCAUGGCAAGGCAGCGCGCGCGAGUGGCCUAGUAGAUGAGUGCUGCGGCACGCCGAGCCCGGGUCGCCUGAGUGUGCUCGGCACUGUCGCAGCGGUUACAAGCUACAACUACAAAGGCCACUCACCAGCGCCCGGCUCGAAUGGCAGCUCACCACCUCCCCCACCUGUCCUCCCCCGCGCCCGCUCCGCUUCGGCUUCCUCCCGAGACGUCCUCCCCCGCGCCCGCUCCUCUUCGGCUUCCUCCCGAGACGACAUGGCGCCCUCCUGGGCGUCCCCGUCCGCCCUCGCGCUCACCUCCGGCACGCGGGUCAGCCUCCCGCUGGCGCUGGCGCUGCGGCCGCGGCCGGAGUCGCGUGGCCCGCGCGCGAGGCUCCACUCGUCGACCGCCGCCGCGUGUUCCUCGUGGUCGCGCCCCCUGCUGCCCGAGCUCGCCGCGGUGUCCCCUCGUGCCGGCACCCGCCGCGGCGCUGGCAGGGCGCCGCCGCUGUUCCGGCCUCGCGCGUUGAUGACGACGUCCCAGAUUGCUAGUGCCGCCUUCACAUGGGGCACCGUCGCCGUCCUCCCCUUCUACACCCUCAUGGUCGUCGCCCCCAACGCCAACAUCACCAAACGCACCGUGGAGAGCAGCGCCCCCUACGUCGCGCUCGGCCUCCUCUACGCCUACCUUCUCUACCUGUCAUGGACACCGGACACCCUGCGCGCCAUGUUCGCAAGCAAGUACUGGCUCCCUGAGUUGCCGAGCAUCGUCAGGAUGUUCGCGAGCGAGAUGACUGUCGCCUCUGCGUGGAUCCACCUCCUCGCCGUCGACCUCUUCGCGGCAAGGCAGGUGUACCACGACGGCCUCAAGAACAACAUCGAGACCAGGCACUCGGUCUCGCUCUGCCUGCUCUUCUGCCCGGUUGGGAUCCUGGUUCAUGUGGCUACCAAGGUACUGGCAGGGGCAGUUGGCCGCUCACAUUGAUGAUUGGAAUUGGGUGGUUGUAUGUAGGAUUCCAUUGUUUAGCUGGUGGAUUUUGUGAUUUGAAUAUCAAUAAAAUUGAUUCAGUGUGCCGAUUCUUUUCAUA